AUUUUAUGAAUAGAUAUAAUCAUAAACUCCAGAUAAGUAAAGCUUUUAAUUUAGCUAACAUUUUGACAUAGCCUGAUUAGAUACCUGUCCAAUGCUGACUUGCUUGGGUUGCUUCUUUUUUUUGUGGAAAGUGCUGUUGCCUAUUUUCAUUGUGGCAGAUUUUCUCCUCUUGAGACUCUUCCACCUUAACUAAUUAAAUUAAUCAACUCGUCCAUCUUGCAUAUAUUCUUUGGUUGAGUCUGACCAUACUCUUUUUUGUUUUUGCAUCUCCUCUCCCAAGUUUCAGUAUGUCACUGCCUCUUUUUUGUCACUGGUGUUUUUGGAGAUUUGAUAGACUGAUGUGGACUACACCUAACAUAUGUGCCUCCCAUUGCUUACAUCAUUGGACAGUUUCCUGGGCCUCUGGUUUUCACCUCAUUUCUGUUGCUAUUCUCCAGUGUACCCAGAGGCUUUGUGUGGCUCUGCUGUUAUUCAUAUACUAGAAGCAAACAAUUAAAGAGAUGCUUGAUUUUCAAGUUUAGUAUGUUAACUGGCACACCUUAUUUUGCUUUGAAGAAACUUUCUUCUUUCUUUUUUGAAAAAUCAAAGUUUUUAAUUGCACUUCAAGUAUACUUGAGAAAGAUGGAGAUAACUUCAGACAGUUCAACUAGCCUUGAUCCACCUCCCUGUGUCAGAGGAAUGAAAGUACUUGACAGGAAUGCUUUUAAAAAGACAAUUAAUGUUCCUUAUUUUGAAAUUAAUUCAUCUUCCACAGCAGAGACUUUAAAAAUACUCAGAUGUUAUUUACUCAAGCUAGAAAAUUUCAAACCAUUGCAAGUAGUUGAGACCAAAAAACAUGUUAUAUUAAACCCCCUGAAAUUUAAGGAUUAUGAUGUAUUGACUGAAAUUAAGAAACAGACAUUGGCCGAUAUUGGUGUUACAGAAGAAUCAUUGAAAUGGAAGAAGUUGGAGUUGAACUAUGAAAAUUGGAAAGCAGAAUCAAUUCUAAAAUCUGUACUGCCUUCUAACUUACCUGGUGUUUCAGGAUAUAGUCUUAUCGGUCAUAUUUUACAUCUUAAUCUCAGAGAACAUUUGAAUGAAUACAAAGAGUUGAUUGCUCAGGUACUCUUAGAUAAAAUAAAAGGUGUUACAACUGUAGUCAAUAAAGUAAACAUCAUUGAUUCAACUUACAGAAACUUCAAGAUGGAGCUUUUGGCUGGAGAGAACAGCAUGAAGGUUAAGGUGAAAGAGAACGGAAGUACAUUCGAAUUUGAUUUCUCAGAAGUUUAUUGGAAUCCACGUUUAUGUACUGAGCAUGCCCGGAUUGUUGAGAAGUUAAAAUCUGGUGAUACACUUUAUGAUGUUUUUGCAGGAGUUGGACCUUUUGCAAUUCCAGCAGCAAAAAAGAAGUGUAAUGUUCUUGCAAAUGAUUUGAAUCCACAUUCAUUUCAGUGGUUAUGUUCUAAUUCCAAGUUGAAUAAAGUUGGACAUUUGUUGCAGAUGUACAAUCUAGAUGGACGAGAUUUUGUUAGAACAGUAGUUAAACCUCAUAUUACUGAACAGUGGAGAGAGUGUUUAUCUAAAAUUCCUAGAAAUUUCCAUGUUGUUAUGAACUUGCCUGCUUCAGCUGUUGAAUUUUUAGAUGUCUUCAAAGGGUUAUUUGAGGAUGAAGAUGCAAAUGUUAGAGAUAGUGCUGUCAUGCCUGUAAUACACUGUUACUGCUUUACCAAGGAAGCAACUUUAACUAAAGCUGCUGUAAGUAUGGUUGAGCAGGUAUUAGAAUGUUCUUUAACUAGUGAUUCUCAGUUGGAAGUACUACAUGUAAGAAGUGUAGCCCCAAAUAAAGAGAUGAUGAGAGUAACAUUCACAAUGCCCAGAGAAAUCUUGUUCAAGAAUAACUGUGAAUCAAACAUAGAACCUUCACCUAAAAAGCUACGAUUGAAUUAGGAAAAAAAAAGUAAUUAGUAGUUUUAAUCACUAUAGCUAAUUUCCUGAUGUAUUGCUUGACAUGUAGAUCUACAGAAUUAUAUCUGUUACAAUAAAAUGUUUUUUUUUAUAA